AUGGAUGAAGCUUGGCUGCAACAAUGGCGAGCCAUUGAAGAGCGAAAGGCAGUGGCCACAAAGGCCCUGCUGAGUAAAGGUGAGUCGCUGCCACUGGGUGGCAUCACAGAUGACCAGCUGCACGCUUGGGAGGCUGCAGAAGCGGCCGAGGAACAGCGGGCUCAAGCAGCGGAGGUUGAGCGACUCGCUGCUGAAGAUGAACGUCUGGCCGCUGAAGCCAAAGCGGAAACAAAGGCUGCUAAAGCCAAAGAGAUGCUGGCGGAUCCCGAAUCCGCAGUACAACGCCUGGCUGCUGAAUGCAAGGCGAAAGAGCAAGCGGCUGCUGAAGCCGAAGCUGAACAAUUGGCUUUUGAAGCCAGAAUGGAGAACGACCACGACGGGCUUGCCGAAGCCAUCUAUCUGGAACUCGACAAAGCCGAGACGGCACAAUUGGCUGCCGAAGCUAAUGUCGAGAACGAUACGAGUGGCCCGGUCGUCUACGACCCGCUCGACGACGACGACGAGUUUUCCAGGGCCAUGCAUUUGGCUCUCCAGGAGGAGCUUGAUCUUCCUGAAGAGACAGAGGAGGCCGAGACAGAACAACCUUCGGUUGUUGAGUCAGGCGAGUCCAAGCCUGCCAAUAUGUAUCCAAUCAGAAUCUGGGGAUACAAGAACAAUGGCAAUGCAAGAAGGGCGCUGGCAAAAGCUGCCGCUCAACUUGAUAGCCCAGUCGACAUGGCCAUGUCGACGGAAACCGGGGUUGGUCUUGAGGACGAAGACCAAGCUCUGAAUACCCAAGAGAAGAAGGCAUCCGUCCAGAACCUGCCUACUAGGCUUAGGAUGGAUCCUACUUCUGACCUAAGUCUGGGAAGUUUCCUCUUCGACACGUUCUCCACUGUCGAAGAGAAAGAGAGACACGAGCGUUUCGUGGAAAUUGCUCGUAAAAUCAUCUGCUUCCUGAAGUCCACUGCCUCAGAUUAUCUGCGCCUUGAUCCUGAAAGCAAGAAAACGGCAUGGAAACCCAUUGUGCCUGGGUUACUCUCCCUGCUGAGCAGAGGAUCAGAAGAUUUUUUGCUGGAAAAUCUUCUAAGCGGCAUUGACAUCCCGGUCCGUUCCACCCUCGGAAAUCCGGACUUCACAAUUGACGACCUGGUAAGCCUUCCCGGGUGGUCGAUUGAGAAGAACAUCGAGAAGAGUGUUUACGUGGACAUCGUCCACAUCAAGGAACAGCUCGAGCUGAUCCGACAGCUGUACGUGGGUGCCGCCAGCGGACAAUUCGGCCUGGCGCAACGGUGGCACGACUAUCUGCGUCCGGCUGAAAACAAGGUUAGCGGCAAACACGGACAAGCCAUUAUGAAGACCAAUUCGACUGUGUGUCUUCGUGGUCUUGCACAUUAUGGUAAUAUGCCAUACCCAUGGGUGGUCUGCUUCGCCGAGUCCUUCAUGCUCUACCUUGGCACGGUUACGGACCCUGGUUGGCGUCCGCGUGAGGGCAGUGUUAAGAAGGCUUUCAUAGACGAUGAGCUCUACAGGCUCGUCGAUGCAUGUAGGCAUGCCGCAGGCCUAUCGGCACCUCUUUCCGUGGGCCUCAACUCUACAUGGUCCCUCUGCCAAGGAUAUCGAUGGACCCCAUACCCUGGCGCCAGCUGCAGGAACUGCAAGCGGCAGAUGGUGCCACGAUCAGAUCCGCUUUAG